AUGACUUAUCCGGAAAGAAAAGCUUUUGUUUCUAGAAUAACGAAUGAAACCAAGAUUCAAAUUGCCAUUUCAUUGAAUGGUGGACCAAUUUCUAUUGAGAACUCUAUUUUACAAAGGGAGGAAUCCGAUGCUGCUAAGCAGGUAACUGGAUCCCAAAUCAUUGAUAUUCAGACAGGCGUUGGGUUUUUAGAUCACAUGAUUCAUGCUCUUGCGAAGCAUUCAGGCUGGUCUUUGAUUGUUGAAUGUAUUGGAGAUUUGCAUAUCGAUGACCAUCAUACCACCGAGGAUUGUGGUAUUGCUCUUGGCCAAGCCUUUAAGGAAGCUUUGGGUCAUGUUCGUGGUGUGAAAAGAUUUGGUUCAGGAUAUGCACCAUUAGACGAAGCUUUAUCACGUGCUGUUGUGGAUCUAUCCAAUAGACCAUACGCAGUAAUAGAGUUGGGGUUGAAGAGGGAAAAGAUCGGUGACCUUUCAUGCGAGAUGAUACCUCAUUUCUUGGAGUCCUUUGCUGAAGCCGCGAGAAUAACUUUGCACGUUGAUUGUUUGAGAGGCUUUAACGACCAUCACAGAAGUGAAUCUGCAUUCAAAGCACUUGCCAUUGCAAUCAAAGAGGCUAUUUCAAGCAACGGAACCAACGACGUUCCUUCUACUAAGGGUGUUCUAAUGUAA